GCGCCGCCGCCCUGCGCGCACGGGGCAGCGGCAGGGCGCGCUCCCGGCAGUUUCCCUGCGCGGUGCCGCCCCUCAUCCUCCUCCACUCUCCCGCCCCUCGCCGACUGCAGCCCCAGGCUCCGCCAUGGGGAACGUGCCAUCCGCGGUGAAGCACUGCCUCAGCUACCAGCAGCUUCUCCGGGAGCAUCUCUGGAUCGGGGACGCAGUGGCAGGGGCGCUCGACCCCGCGCAGGAAUCAUCCCGGUUAUCUGGACUCCCUGAAUAUGUUAAAAUAGUAGAAGUUGGACCUAGAGAUGGAUUGCAGAAUGAAAAGGUUAUAGUUCCUACAGAUAUAAAAAUUGAAUUUAUCAAUCAGCUUUCCCAAACUGGCUUGUCUGUAAUAGAAGUGACUAGCUUUGUGUCUUCCAGAUGGGUACCACAGAUGGCUGAUCACACUGAAGUGAUGAAAGGCAUUCAUCAGUACCCAGGAGUUCGAUAUCCUGUCCUUACUCCUAAUCUUCAGGGUUUUCACCGUGCUGUUGCUGCUGGAGCCACUGAGAUAUCAGUUUUUGGUGCUGCAUCUGAAUCCUUUAGCAAGAAGAAUAUUAACUGUUCCAUUGAAGAGAGCAUGGGAAAGUUUGAGGAGGUUGUUAAGUCUGCAAGGCACAUGAAUAUUCCAGCACGAGGGUAUGUGUCUUGUGCCCUGGGCUGUCCAUAUGAAGGAAGCAUUACACCACAAAAAGUAACAGAAGUGUCUAAGAGAUUGUAUGGCAUGGGCUGUUAUGAGAUCUCUCUGGGAGACACGAUUGGAGUGGGAACUCCAGGGAGCAUGAAAAAAUUGUUGGAAAGUGUCAUGAAAGAACUCCCACCAGGGGCUCUUGCUGUUCACUGUCAUGACACGUAUGGACAAGCCUUAGCAAAUAUUCUUACAGCUCUUCAGAUGGGAAUUAACGUGGUGGACUCUGCAGUAUCUGGACUAGGCGGUUGCCCUUAUGCAAAAGGUGCUUCUGGGAACGUAGCCACUGAGGAUUUGAUAUAUAUGCUUAAUGGCCUGGGGCUCAAUACAGGUGUGAAUCUUUACAAAGUGAUGGAAGCCGGUGACUAUAUUUGCAAAGCUGUGAAUAAAACCACGAACUCUAAAGUAGCACGAGCCUCCUUCAGUGUUUGAGUUGGAUGGAUUUAUGACUUAAGGUUGAGAAGAUCAAUUUCAGCUACAUAUACAUGCUCACCUAAAAAUCAUUAAUGUCAACUUGUUCUGAAAUGUGAAGUAAGAGGAGGGGGGCAAGAGAUAUUCUUCAAAAAGAUUAUAACUGAAUAGAUUAUGAAGUCUACAGAAAGCAAUCCCAGUCACCAGGUAAAUUGCAAGCUGAGAAUAAAUAAUGAAGCUUGUAGUCAUACUUUUGAACUU